AUGUCUUUACGUCGGCUUGCCACCGUGGCACACGGUAAAUAUGGGCCGGGACAGAAGAUCCACGGAUUUGAAGUUCUGCGGACUUUACCUGUGCCAGAGUUCGGAUUAACUGCGGUGGAUCUUGUUCAUGAAAGGACGGGAUCGAAGCACCUCCACAUUGAUAGACAGGAUAAGAAUAACGUUUUUAGUAUGGUAUUCAAAACUAAUCCACCAGACAGCACGGGAUUACCUCACAUUUUGGAACACACGACGUUAUGCGGAUCAGAGAAAUACCCCGUGAGAGACCCCUUCUUCAAAAUGUUGAAUCGAAGUUUGUCAAACUUUAUGAAUGCCAUGACUGGCCAUGAUUACACAUACUACCCUUUUGCCACUACCAACAAGACAGACUUUUAUAAUCUGAUGGAUGUUUACUUGGAUUCCACGAUGAAUCCUCUAUUGACUGAAGAUGAUUUCUACCAGGAGGGCUGGAGGCUGGAAAACCAACAAACCAAUGAUAAAUCGAGUCCUUUACAGUUUAAAGGAGUGGUUUAUAACGAAAUGAAGGGCCAGAUGUCCGAUUCGGGAUACUGGUUUUGGAUCAAGUUUCAAGAAGCAAUUUAUCCCUCGUUGAAUAACUCGGGCGGAGAUCCUUCUAAAAUGACUGAUCUGGUCUAUGAAGAUUUAGUUGAUUUUCAUAGCAGGUUCUACCAUCCCUCCAAUGGAUAUACUUUCACGUAUGGAAAUCUUCCAUUGAGUGGCCAUUUGGAGAAGAUCAACGAAAAAUACAACCGGUUUGGGAAAAGGACUAGACGCAUGGACGUGAAAGAGCCUAUAGAGCUCGCAGAACACACAUCUGUGAGAGUUGCUGGCCCGGUAGACCCUAUGCUUCCCGCGGAGAAGCAAUUUAAGAGCUCUCUCACCUGGUACUGCGGGAAGCCAGAUGAUAUUUAUGAGUCCUUUGUGAUGAAAAUGCUUUCUAACUUGUUGAUGGACGGCCACUCAUCUCCCUUGUACCAAGAUCUGAUUGAAGCUGGAAUCGGAUCCGAUUUCAGUAUCAACUCGGGAUUUGAUUCAAUGACUGACGUCAACAUGUUUAGCAUUGGAUUACAAGGAAUGUCCAAAGAGGCAGCUGAUGCUCUUCCGGAGACUAUUGGUACUGCUAUCCGGAAAUCGUUGGGUGCUGGAUUUGGCAAAGACAAGAUCGAUGCGAUGAUUCACCAAUACGAGAUUGGACGUAAAGUUGAGAGUGCUUCUUUCGGAUUGAACAUUCUCAACGCUGUUGUUCCUGGAUGGGUUAACAGGGUGGAUCCGUUAGAGAUGCUGCAAUGGGACAGCAUCAUUGGUCGUUUCAAAGAGGACUAUGCCCAUAAAGGAGAUGCAAUGUUCAAAGAACUUGGCGAGAAAUAUCUUCUCUCCGGAGCUUACUUCCAUUACACCAUGUAUCCUGAUCAGCAAUUGGAACUUGAAAUUCAGCAAGAAGAGGAAGCAAGGCUUAGACAAAAAGUUGAAAAAUUGAAUGAAGACGACAAAAAAGUAUUAUUUGAGCGUGGAGUCAAACUUUUAGAGAAACAAUCCAAACAGGAAGAUCUCACAUGCCUUCCAAGCCUCUCUACUUCCGAUAUCAAUCGUGAUGGUGACACAGUCAGAAUUGGUCAAAAGAGUUUGGGUCAAACAGAAAUCUAUACAAGAGUUUCACCGAAGACUAAUGGACUCACAUACUUCAGGUCACUGAAAACACUUAGUUCAGAACAGAUCCCUGAAGAAUUGCUCAAGUAUUUGCCUCUGUUCACUGAGUGCCUGACUAAUCUUGGAACCAAGAAUAAGAGUAUGGCCCAGUUAGAGGACGAAAUAAAGCUUUAUACAGGCGGAAUUUCCCCUUCUGUGUUCUGCCAUAGCUCUCCAGAGAGCCUAGAUACUGCCUAUCUUAAAUUCAGUUUAGGAGGUGUGGCAUUGAACAGCAACUUUGACAAACUUUUAGACCUUUCCUAUGAGUUGCUUUCGGAAACAGACUUUGACAACUUGGACAAAUUGAGUGUUUUGGUCAAGAGUCUUACGAGCGAUAACCUCAGCAGUAUCAUUAGCAGUGGCCACAGCUACGCUAGAGGAUAUUCUUCCAGCCAAUUGGUACCAUCUGCGAAAAUUCAAGAGGUUUUAGGAGGAAUUGAGCAGAUACAGUUUCUAAAUGAACUAAGAAGGCUAGACGAACAGAAGCGGCUUGGCGAAGUAUCUAAAAUCCUGAAACAGAUACGUGCUUCCAUUUUGGAAGGAUCAAAUUUCCAAUUUGGAGUGACUACAGAUCGGUUAAACGCUAGCUUCCAAGAGCAGCUAGUGUCUAGAUACAGUGAACGAAUUGGGAACUCACUCCACAUUGUUCCCUAUCACACAGAGGCCAGUGGGUUGCACGAAAAUAAUGUAAUUGAGGUUCCUUCCCAAGUGAGCUUUGCUGCGGCGGCUACUCUAGGUUCAGCUUACAUGAACCAGACUGGUGCUGCAUUACAAGUUCUAGCUCAGCUGUGUACUUUCAAACACUUGCACGGUGAAAUUCGGGAAAAGGGCGGAGCUUACGGGGGCGGCGCAACCUACGACGCUUUGAAUGGCGUUUUCGCAUACUACAGUUUCCGUGACCCAAACCCGGGCCAAUCAGUUGCAAUUUUCUCCAAGACCAUCGAGGCGGUUGCCGAAUUGAUACACACCGGGAAAAUCUCCGAGGAAGAUCUGGGACAGGCCAAAUUAAGCAUAUUUCAAAGUGUGGACUGUCCGCAAAGUGUUCGAAGCGAAGGUGCAGCUAUGUUCAAUUACGGGAUCGAUGACGAGAUGAGGCAAUCCAGAAGAGAAUGGCUUCUUGAUUGUGAUUUGGAAGGAUUGCUCGCUACGGCAUCAGAAAGUUUCAAGUCUCCGCUUUCCAACACCAUUGUUGGAGCGGAGAAUGGGUUGGGCUGGAAAAAAGUAACAAUUGGGCUCGAUGAAGCUUGA